CUGGUCUGUGCGCUAUCCGGCAUCGAAGCUCAACUGCGCGCAAUCCGCGACUUCAGCGAGACAGAACAGCGGAGAUCCAGGAACACCCGCUCCGCGCGCGCGCCCGAGAGUGGCUGCGGCCCCGUCCUGCCCGCAAUGGAGGCUGGUGGCACCGAUGCUGCCAGGCCUUCGACGCACGGAGGCCGAUGGGACGGUGGGGACCCGAGCGGUAUACCGGAAUCCUCAAUACGACACCAGUAUCAGAGAUACAUAUAAAGAUGCUGCGAAGAGCGUUUAUACAUUCCAGAUACAACCAUAAUACCAGUUGGAGAUCAAGAUCAAGCAACAAGAAUCCUCAGAAACCCAUAGCAAUCAGCAAUCAUGGCCCAGCAAAAGUUGAAGCCUACCUUCGAUGAUGUGAUGGGCUGCCAGGCGGCAUGCUACGAGUGGGCGGACAGCUACGACAGCAAGGACUGGGAGCGUCUGCGCAAGUGCAUCGCCCCUACGCUGAGGAUCGACUACCGCUCCUUCCUCGACAAGAUGUGGGAGGCCAUGCCCGCGGACGAGUUCGUCGCCAUGGCGUCUGACCCCGCCGUGCUUGGAAACCCCCUCCUUAAGACGCAGCACUUCAUCGGCGGCACGCGGUGGGAGAAGACGUCGGACGACGAGAUGGUCGGCUACCACCAGCUGCGCGUGCCUCACCAGAGAUACACGGACGAGACGCGCUCCAAGGUUGCGGUCAAGGGACACGCCCACAGCUUCAACACGCACUGGUACAAGAAGGUGGACGGCGAGUGGAAGUUCGCCGGCCUCAACCCGGACAUCAGGUGGUUCGAGUACGACUUCGACAAGGUGUUCUCGGAGGGCCGGGAUUCGUUCGGAGAGGCCAAGCAGGCGGCAGGCAUUCCGUCGGAGACGUGAGGGGAGUGGUGGGGUCGAGCUGAUGUUAGGAGGUACUAUGGUUCAUUGAAUGGCGCUUCGUGUGAUGGGAUAUUGGAUACCAACGAGACGAAAUUGAUUUCAAUGCUGUGUUCUGCCCAACGUAUAAGUUAUGUCGACUGAUGAUGAGACGGUGGGAUCGGGGCGCGGGCGCGGUUUCAUCUGGACGACCUGCCUCUGUGCCUGCCUUGUACCAUGGGCGCAAAUAUUGAUCUGC